AUGGAUUCUGACGAAUUCGGUGAUAUACAGUCGCGGCUGUACAAAAUGAUCCCGAAACAGACGCAAGACAUUAUUGCUUCGGGAAUAUUUUUGGUAGUAUUGCCUAUUGGAUUUCUUAUCAAUAUCUUCUUCAUCAUGACUUAUUGGUAUCCAGCCUUCGAAGAAGCAUGGCUGUAUCGCGUAUUUGCUUUCCUUUUUUUGGCAUUUAACGUGUACGUCAACUGGUACAAAAUGCUGAAGAUUGGCCCAAGUGGUUUGAAUCCUGCGCUCCCAAAUGUCGUCAAAGCCGGUUUUAGGUACUGCCACUCAUGUCAUUUAAAUGCACCACCUCGAGCUUAUCAUUGUCCUGUGUGUGACGUUUGCUGUUUCCGUCGAGACCAUCAUUGCUCAUUUGGUGCCGUUUGUGUAGGACACUUCAAUCAAAGAUAUUUCAUCGCCGCCGUUACUAAUCUUUUUGUGUUGAUGCUUCCAUUGUUCAGCUACACUUGGGAUUUUGCUUGGACUCGAAUGGACGGAGGUUUUUCUUUGAGCCGUUCAUGGCAGCUCUUUUUGCCUCACAUAGCUUUGAUGGCCAGAGUAAUCUCAGUGCAUCAGUUCUUCUGUAUAGUCUUCUGUGCGUCUACAUUUACUGUACUCUUAUUUGUAUCGUAUCUUCUCUCCGCACAGCUAUUUUGUCUUUGGAAUGGUCAAACAAGGAUGGAGUAUCUGUUGGAAAUCCAUGCGUACCAACUUGGUUUCAUUGACAAUCUACGUCAGUGCCUUGGCUCCCGAUGGCCAUUGGUUUUCAUCAGUCCGUUCAUUUCCAGUCCACUACCAUCCGAUGGAAUGUCAUUUGUGACAAGAGAAAUCAAGGAACUGAACGAUCCUAAAUACUUGUAG